AUGUCCUCCUUUAUAAUUCACCCAGUGACUGUGGAAAACAAUGUAAACAGCAACAAGGAAAACUUCAGCCAAUUGGUCCAAACAUUGGAGACCCAGUGUAUAAAAGGUCCAGGUUGGAAGGACUCAUCAGAUUCUGGGAAUUUCACCUCUGAACAGAAGCCCACCCUCUGCCCUGACACCAUGGCCGACUGCUGCUCCCCUUGCUGCCAGCCCACCUGCUGCAGGACCACCUGCUGCCAGCCCAGCUGCUGUGAGCCCAGCUGCUGCCAGCCUUGCUGCCGCCCAACAUGCUGUCCAACCCCCUGUUGCAGGACCACCUGCUGCAGGACCACCUGCUGGCAACCCAGCUGUGAGACCACCUGCUGCACCACACCCUGCUGCCAGCCCAGCUGCUGUGUGUCCAGCUGCUGCCAGCCUUGCUGCCAACCCACUUGCUGCAGCACACCCUGCUGCCAGCCCAGCAGCUGUGCACCCGUCUACUGCACCAGGACCUGCUACCACCCCACCAGCGUCUGCCUGCCUGGUUGCCUAAACCAGAGCUGCGGAUCCAGCUGCUGCCAGCCUUCCUGCUUGACUGUGGAAAACAAUGUAAACAGCAACAAGGAAAACUUCAGCCAAUUGGUCCAAACAUUGGAGACCCAGUGUAUAAAAGGUCCAGGUUGGAAGGACUCAUCAGAUUCUGGGAAUUUCACCUCUGAACAGAAGCCCACCCUCUGGCCUGACACCAUGGCCGACUGCUGCUCCCCUUGCUGCCAGCCCACCUGCUGCAGGACCACCUGCUGCCAGCCCAGCUGCUGUGAGCCCAGCUGCUGCCAGCCUUGCUGCCGCCCAACAUGCUGUCCAACCCCCUGUUGCAGGACCACCUGCUGCAGGACCACCUGCUGGCAACCUAGCUGUGAGACCACCUGCUGCACCACACCCUGCUGCCAGCCCAGCUGCUGUGUGUCCAGCUGCUGCCAGCCUUGCUGCCAACCCACUUGCUGCAGCACACCCUGCUGCCAGCCCAGCAGCUGUGCACCCGUCUACUGCACCAGGACCUGCUACCACCCCACCAGCGUCUGCCUGCCUGGUUGCCUAAACCAGAGCUGUGGAUCCAGCUGCUGCCAGCCUUCGUGCUGUUGA